AUGGCCACGCUCAAUCACCCAUAUUCUUUGGAAGGUUUUCCCAUCCGACGCCAUGGUACCCCACCGACCAAACCCAAAUUCAACGCUUUCCUAUUUAAAGGACCUAAGCAAUAUUAUCACACCUUUAUGGACCCCCUUAUCAAGGCAGAGGCAGCUCCCUUGAAGAAUUACUGCGCCCUUGAAGACAUGCUCCACAUCCUAUUUCCCCUAUCUGAACUCUUCCCAUCUACGCCGGGUGCUCUCCCUCAAGAAAACCCCUUGUUCACUGCCUUUGAAUGCCUUCAACAGGAAGGGCUUUACUCAUCUGAUUUAGGGAAAUGGACUGCUGCAAGUUCCUGCCCGGAUUUGACUAAACCAUGGAGCCCUGGCUCAGAAGGAGAGGUCGCAGAUUUUCUCAAUUAUCUGGUUCACAAAGUUGAUCAGCUUGUGGAUUCCGGCACCUUCAAGAGGUCCAGAUGGUGGACUUCUGUGUAUGCUGUCCAAGCAGUCGGUGAUGCUGGUGGAAGGCGCCGCCCAGAUCUUGUACUCAUAUCCUCCAGUGACACGUCUUAUCCCCCUAAGCUCCCUCCUGCAAGUAUGAGAAAUGCUGACAGUCUUGGCGAGCUCAAGGACCAAGAGGAAAAUAAAGCCUCUUUUGACAAGGUACACGAACAGCUUAUGGGAAGAUUGUCAUUUUAUCAGACCUUUGGCAGAGUCAAUGGUCUCAGCCUGUUUCUUGAAAACAAUGUAUCUGAAUACUCCGCCUUUAUGAUCCCUUACUUCAAGCGCCUCUGCAAGGUUCUGUUUGGGUCCACAUUGUUCCUCUUAAAGAGAUUUGUAGAGGCAGGUCCGCCACCAUUCUUUGUACUGUCGCAUGCCUCCCAUGACAAUGUUCUUGAUAUCCUCGGGGAAGCUCUAGAGGAAAGUCAACGCAAUGAAAGGUGGAAGGAUCUGAGGAGGCCUUUUAGCAGAGCGUCAGGGUUUGUCCAUCAUCUGGAUCUUUGGAGGUCCGAUGAUGAGCAAUUUGCAUUCCAGGCCCCUUUGGUGUCGAGCUACGUCUCAGUCAAGGCAUCUAAUCGUCUGCAAGCUGUUACUCUCCAAUCUCUUAAACGCCAUCAUAAUGCCUUGUCUCCGUUCCUUGCUUCUGAUAUUGCAGAUUCUAAGCGCCCUCAUACUAAAUACAUCCAUUGUUCCUCAUUCUCUAACCUAACAAAAUGCUUGUCAACCGUAAUACUCCUCAUCCAUGCCCAGCAUCAUGUGGCAGAUCUUUUUCCAGCACCCGUGCCCUCAAUAUGCACCUUGGCUCUGCAAGAAGCUGUGCUUGAUACCACAAGGGAUGGCAACUUGGAGAGGCAAGGAUUGCUGGUGGAAGAAAAUUUAGAUACCCCCUAUGGCCCUCCACAUCCAUUCCAGAAGGAAUCCAUGGGAGAUGCUGUGGAAGAUAUUGAAGAAGAUCUAUUUGCAUUCAUCCCACUCAAGCAACCUGAACAGGAGGAUCUGGAGCCGGGGGAGGCAGCGGGUCCUUCUAAUCAUCCAAAUGCCAUUUUCCUGAAUGAUAAUGAUGAUGAGCAUGUAGAAAUUCUCCCCCCUACAGCAGGUCAGAUAAUAUGUAUGGACCAUACCUUGCAUGGGGGAUGGGGAAAAGGGUUUGAAGGGGCAAGAAGGGCUGUAGACAACUAUGGGGAUGUGGAUAUGGAUAAUAAUUUCCCAGUUGCCUCUGGACCACAGGAUACUAGGUUCUUUCCAUUUGCAUCAGAAACAGACUGGCGAGUCGCCUGUUGGGCAAUCCAGGAUGGAAUAGGUCACAAAUCAUUUGACCGUUUGUUAGCUAUUCCAGGGGUAUGUUUUUAUUCUAUUCACUUCCUGGAUCUCCUUAAAGAAGCCAUUAUUUCAGGUCAAAGAGAGACUGGGUCCUGUCACAACAUUAGAGGGCUACACAAGAUAGUUGACUCUGGUAUUCCAUCCAGAGCUGAUUGGACGUCAAAAACCAUUGCAUUCCCAGAUGCCCCUGAUGACAAGCAUCUAAUUCAUUACCGUGAUGUCAUUUCUGCCAUUUGUAGCCUCCUUGGCAACCCAGCCCAUGCAAAACACAUUGUCUACAAACCUAAGAAGAUAUUCAGUAAUGCACAGAAAGAGAAUAGAUAUUACAAUGAAAUGUGGACUGGAAAGUGGUGGCAUGCAAUCUAG